GAACCGUGUUUAAUAAGUCUUUGAACUUUAGACCGUGUUGGUUUAAAUAAGCUUUUUUAUUUUCAAUAUUUCUUCUUUUUAUAAAACAUUUUUGGAGAUAUAAGUGAAAAUUCAUACCCGAAGGAUUUAAAACUUAGGCCAAGUAUAGAGAGAACUUGGGUAGGUGGGGAUGAUAAAUGGUGUUAGUUUGGGAAGGCUAACAAACAAUGACAAGUGUCCAACAUCAACACAAUAUUUAUUUUUCCCUUUCCCCUUUUUGAACUAACAUCUCACCAGAUUUAUUUUUCCCAACUUAGAAAGCAGAUUCACAUGCAGCCUCUAAUAUUGUCAUUACCUUCUACCAAAAAGUUGUCCAAAACACCCAACCUUUCCUUUCAUAAUUGGGUUUCCUCGGAAUCAAGUUCAUUUUCCUUCAAAUCUUUCUUGUCAACGAAAAUGGAAUUCAUUUUCAUAUCUACUUCUCUCAGCAACCUCUAAGGGAGGAAAACUUGAAUCAAACUACACAUUGUUUAAAUCUUAUCCCAACUUUUAAAGUUACAAAAAUUUCAAGGACUUGUUUGGUUUGGUUUUAAAGACUUGUUAUUUGGAAGGAUUUUAUAAGCUGCUGAAAAAAGAUGUUGAUUGUAGGAUGAACAAGGGAAAAUCAUCUCUAAUUUAAUUGUGUUACCCACUUAACACUCUAAAGGGUGAUAUAGGGUGUGGGCAUCGGCUGGCAACUUCGGGGUACGCAGUGUUUGGGAUAGACUAUGAAGGACAUGGACGAUCCAGUGGAGCUCGUUGCUACAUCAAGAAGUUUGAAAACAUAGUUGCUGACUGUUAUGCCUUCUUCACUUCCAUUGCUGCUUUUCACCUUAACUCCCAAAUGCCCCCCUCGAGAUUCUAAGCUUGUAAGUAAUGGUCUACCAGUUGAGGAAGAAUACAGAGACAAGUGCAGGUUCUUGUACGGAGAGUCAAUGGGUGGGGCUGUGGCCCUUCUUCUGCACAAGAAAAAUCCCAGAUUUUGGAAUGGUGCUGUUCUUGUAGCCCCAAUGUGCAAGAUAUCCGAGAAGGUAAAGCCGCACCCUUUGGUUGUGAAUCUGUUGACAAGAGUAGAAGAAAUUAUACCCAAAUGGAAAAUAGUCCCAACAAAGGAUGUCAUAAACUCAGCCUUCAAGGAUCCCAUAAAGCGAGAAGAGAUAAGAAGCAAUAAGUUAAUAUACCAAGACAAGCCCAGGCUCAAAACAGCCCUUGAGAUGCUAAGAGCGAGCAUGAGCCUAGAAGAUAGCUUACACGAGGUAACACUCCCAUUCUUCGUUUUACAUGGAGAAGCCGAUAUAGUGACAGACCCAGAAGUAAGCAGAGCAUUAUACGAGAAAGCAGGCAGUAGAGACAAGACCAUAAAAUUGUACCCAGGAAUGUGGCAUGGGUUGACAUCUGGAGAACCAGAUGAGAACAUCCAAAUCGUAUUCUCAGACAUCAUAAAUUGGCUGGACAAGCACGCCGAAGGGGAUACGGCAGGGUUUCAACUUCAGUCGACUCGCUCAAAUGGUAAUGGCGUCAAUGAGAGAUUCAAUGGCCAGAAGACGACCACAUUUAGCAAUCGAAAAGAGGGUCGAAAAAGUGGUAGUUAUCUCUGUGGUUUAAAGGGGCGGUUGCAAUCCGCGAUGUAGGGGGCGCCAUUGUUUAUUAAAAAUGCUCUCUGAUUCUCUUCACAUCUUCCUCUGUUAGCUGUAAAAUCUUUGAGGGUUCGACUGAAUAGCCCUUGAAAUUACAACUUCUUAGUAGCCUUUGUAAUGUAUUCUUAAUUGCUACCAUGUAUGGAAGUAGUCUACUUUAUCCACGUUAUGAUGGGUUUGUUGAAUAAUUGUGUACCAAAUUUGUUCAAAGUCCACAAAAUUGU